AAUUCAUUCAGUAACACUCAGAAAACACGCGUGAGUUUGUUUGGAAAGUUCUGUCUCUCUUUUUUAUUUGCCUAAAAAUGAACAUUGGUGAUACAUUCCCGAAUUUCUCAGCAAAUACAACAAUUGGGCAGAUAGAUUUCUACAAUUGGCUGGAAUCAUCUUGGGGAGUUUUAUUCUCGCAUCCGGCCGAUUUUACACCUGUCUGCACCACAGAACUUUCCAGACUCGUGGAAUUGAUUCCUGAAUUCGAGAAGCGUAAUGUGAAGAUAAUUGCACUAUCUUGCGAUAGUGUUUCUUCCCAUGAGAAAUGGAUCGACGAUAUCAAGCACUUUGGAGGUGAUAACUACUUUAAGAAAAAUUACCUGGAUUUUUGUCUCAAGAUCUUGCUAAUUUUAGGCUAUUCUGGACCAUUCCCCUAUCCAAUAAUCGAUGAUGAGAAGAGAGAAUUGGCUGUGAAGCUCAAUAUGCUGGACAAGGAUGAAAUUGGAAAAGCAGGAUUGCCUCUUACUUGCCGAGCUGUCUUUGUUAUCGAUAGUCAGAAGAAAUUCAGGCUUUCGAUUCUCUACCCAGCUACAACUGGCAGGAAUUUCACUGAGAUCUUAAGAGUCAUCGAUUCCAUGCAACUUACAGACAAAUACAAAGUUGCAACCCCUGCAGAUUGGCGGCAAGGAGGCGAUUGUAUGGUUUUACCAACACUAUCCGCAGACGAAGCAAACAAUCUCUUUCCAGCAGGAUUCUCAACUGUUUCUGUUCCGUCGGGAAAAGAUUACAUUCGCAAGACAAAAUGCCCAAAUGUUGAUUAAAAUAUCAGUUAAAUUGCAUUUCAAAUAAAAGAUUACAGAAAUAAAUUAUGAAAUUAAUAUAAGUUACAUUA